GCGAUCAAUUCUCGUCACAUGGAAGUACAUAGAACACGGUUAUUACUGUACUCUAGUGUGUUCAUCAUAAAACAAUAUAGAUAUUUGAACAUCGCUCUUCAGCUUUCGUUUUGAAGAAAUGGCGUCAGAAGCAAAAAGGCCAAAGAUAGAUGAUGAGUGCUGUGUGUUUGACCCACUGAAGAACUUCUUGUGCUGGUGUGAUCGUGUGAACCUGAAUCUGAGUGAUAAGGUGUACCUAAGUAAAGAGGGCACUGUUGCAAUGUAUGGCAUGCUUGCCAAAGAGGACAUUGAAGAGGGACACGUGGUGUUCUCCAUACCUAGAGAUGCACUUCUGCAUCAGGGCACCACUAAGAUCAAAAAGGUGCUUGAAGAUGGGAAGAAGUCUUUGGAGAGCGGAUCAGGAUGGGUUCCUCUUCUUCUGACUCUUCUGUAUGAGUACACAUGUCCACAGUCUUCCUGGAAACCAUACCUGUCCCUCUGGCCAGACUUUAAGGUGCUGGAUCAUCCCAUGUUUUGGUCUGAGGAGGAGCGAGAUAAACUCCUUCAAGGCACUGGAAUUCCUGAGGCUGUUGACACUGAUCUGAAAAAACUCCAGGCUGAAUAUAAUAACAUCGUCCUUCCAUUCAUAAAGUCUCAUCCUGACCUGUGGGACCCUGAGAAGCACAACCUGGAGCUCUACAAGAGUCUGGUAGCAUUUGUCAUGGCCUACAGUUUUCAGGAGCCUGUUGAGGAUGAAGAGGAAGAAAAAGAGCCCAAUCCUCCAAUGAUGGUGCCAAUGGCUGACAUGCUGAAUCACGUCUCCAAGCACAAUGCCAAUCUAGAAUAUACACCUGAGUGUCUGAAGAUGGUGGCCGUACGGCGUAUUGAAAAGGGGGAGGAGGUCUUUAACACGUACGGGCAGAUGGCAAACUGGCAGCUCCUGCACAUGUAUGGCUUUGCAGAGCCGUUUCCAACCAACAGCAAUGACACCGCAGAUAUCCAGAUGUCCAGUGUGUACAAAGCUGCAAUGCAAGAGACACAAAGUGAGGCAGAUCAGCAGCUCAUAAAGUACAAGUGGAACAUGUUGUGUGAAAUGGAGAUUUUGGGAGAUAAAGGGGUCUUCAUCUUUGGCCAAUCAGGCGCCCUCACUUACAAUGAGCUCCAUACAACACUCAAGGUCCUGUGCAUGUCGGCGCAAGAACUCAAGGAGUUCUGUGAAAACGAAGGUUGGGAGGAAGAUGAAGAGGACGAGGAUGAUAAAAUGGAGCAGGCUUUGAGUUUUGACAAGCUGACAGCAUCGUCAUCUGAGUGGAAACAUCUACUGCAUGUAGCAGCAGGCUUCACACUAGACUCUUAUUCCGAGGAUGUAGACACUGACAGGAGACUGUUAGAGGAUCAAGGAGCUCUGGAAAAACUCAGCAGCAGGGAGAGGAGAGCUCUGCAUGUGCGUUACGGUCAGAAGAAUAUCCUUCAACGCUUGCAGGAGCUCACCAAACCCACAUCUUAAUGCAGUUCUGAUACUAUAUUCAGGGAAACACUUAAGAUGCCACUCAGGCUAUAAAGUGUACUUGAAUUUGCAAACUCUGUAUACUGUACACAUUGAUGUUUCUGAAAAAGACACAGUUUUACCAGUUUUCAAAAUACUUUUAUAUACUAAAUAAAGCGGCGUCAUAGAACAUAAAAAAAAGAAUAAUCUAAGAUUGAGAAUAAAGUCAAAAUGUUGAGAAAGUCAUAUCACUACUAGAUUAAAAUUGUAAUAUUUUAAGAAUAAAGUCAAAAUGA